CAUACAGAUGGAGUGUCAUGAUCGCUUCUUCGUGAUAGCUGUUGAUCUCGCCUUCACCGGGAGUAAUCCUCACUUUGAGGCAGUUGAUGAGAGCGGUGUGUAUGCCAUCACUAAGCAGUCUGCAGCACAGUGUGGCUACAGUAUUGGCGUUCUCCCUAUGCUUGGCCAUGUGGAGCUCCGAGCCUCGUAUUUUAGCUGUCAUACUGAAAACAAGGAUGAUGAAGUCUUCACCUUCAACUUCAACCUGGUUGUUGCAAUUGAAGGAAAGAUUGCCACCUAUGCCUUGAACAAGACCUGUUCUCCAUCUCUCCCCUGGUCUCCGAGAGAGGUCACCUGUGAGGUCAACUACAUGGAGGUGUCUGUGAAGAGUGAGGUCACGUGUCCGUCUGAGACAAAGAAAGAAGACUGGAAUGCUGCUCUAAAAUCUGCAUAUACCUCGGCAACUUCAGACUGGCAGGUUAUGUUGCACGGAGAUGAGCGGGUGCUGCCAAUGAACCUUUCUGAAGCUCAUAAGCGGGGCUAUGCGUUUCACUUGACGGACAGCAGGCUGGUUUUACGUGCCCCGUAUGGACAACCUGAAUCAUUCAGCGCUGAGGUGAAGGGUGUUCCAGUAGAGGCUGUCCAUGCUACUCUGUUCUCCAGACAAAGCUGGGUUGUCCUCAUGGUUGACCUGGUCGCUGCUUGCUCAAUGCAUGAAGGCUCUUAUGACAACAGCGGCUACAUGAUGUGGGACACUCCUGAGGUGCUGCACCCUCUGAUGACUAGUGAAAGCGAGACUCGGGUCAAAAUCGGAGUCGAUGGCGAACUUGUUGAAAAGCCAGUCGCAGAGGAGAGGGGCUACAUUGUGGAGAAGUAUAAUGGCACACUCCAGAUCAGCAUCCCCUAUAACGCUGAAGGAGCAAUCCGGAAGAGCUUGGUGUCUGGCGACCUCUUCGAGUUCUACGUCUUUGCGCUGUACUUGGAGCAAAUGUUGUUUGGUGAAGAUCAGAUGGACACCAGACUUCGUGCUCACAGGACACUGGCUACUCCCCUGCUGCCCCGCCCUCUUUACAGUGAAAACCGAACAGUUCCUGAGCAGCGCAUGUUCACAGUCUACCUCGGAGACGUGCCUGAAGACGUGGGGUUGGUUGCUGUUCAUUUGAAUGGACAAGUAUUUACAGUUCCCUUUAUGAAUGUAAGCAGCCACACCAUCACCAAGGUUAUUCAUCCCAACAACACGCAUGGCUACACUCUGAAGGUGUCUAUGGCUGAUCCUAUUGUCAGGCAGCAGUUCUCCAAAGAAGAUGGUGCCAUGCAGCACACUCUAGAAAUCAACUACACCCUGACUGUUCUGCCUGAAUAUGAGCCUUUUUACCACCUGGCCUCAGUGAUGGCAUUUACUGAUGUCUCCCCACCAGUGUUUGACGCUGUCUGUACGGAGUCUGGCAUCAGCUUCAAGCUGGACCGCCGGCCUUUUGACUACCUCUGGGAGAUCACUAUCGGCUCAGACCUGCUGACUUCAGAGCUGGCAGACCAGCAUGGCUACAUCAUGAGCACCGAUAGCAACAGUCUGCUGCUCGAGGUUCCCCUCUUCAGUCAUGGCUUCAAGAGCACGGAAGCCACUUUGAAGGGAUUCUUUGGCACUUUUGAAAUCACCAUGCGAGAUCCUGAAACAUCUGAAGUCCAGAGCUCCUCCGUCAAGACUUGUCCGUUCUCUACUACUGAACUCAUCAUGUGUUCGACUGAUGGGAGGCUGACUGUGGUGGCUGACUUGUCUCUGGCCAUGCCAAAUGGAGGCAAUCCCACAAGAACCAACCUGAGGGACAAAUACUGUGGACCCAAAGAGACAGACGGCACCAGGGCUCUGUUCUCUUUUCCACUCAACAGCUGUGGAUCCACUGUCAAACUCGGCAAGGAGUACGUGACAUACGAAAACGAGAUUUUCUUCAGCAAGAAGCUGCGGGCUCUGAAAAAUCCAGCAGAUCCCAUUAAUAAUAUUGACAGGGUGACAGUACAGUGUACGUAUCCUCUCUCUGGACUGUUCCGCCUCUUCUCAGUAUACAAGUUUGAGUCGGACCUAGCCGGUGUCGGUCGCAUUCUGCAUUCUUUGCAAUCCACUGAAGGUCUGCGGAGUCCCACCAUGGAGCCCACUUCAGUGACUCAAUCUCCAGUGUACACUACCAGACGCACCCGAAGACCUGUGUCGAUGAGACCCGGGUACCAGCCUCCUGCAAAAUACAUCAAAGUGUCCAGCUUCCUGAAGAAUCUUCCUAAGAAGAAAGGAACUCUGCAAUCCAAAAUAAAUCCAAGAAUGUAUUAAGAGAUGUAUGUUUCUAGUGUAACUAUCAAUAAAUGUGUCUAUAAAAA